GAAAACGAAACAGCGCGAUUUGGGGGGAAAAUUUCACCGAACUUCGAACGCAGGCGGACGUGUCGCGGAUGUCGGAAGGUGGAGCUCUUGUGAAUUGUUCUUGUGCCGUGCCCCGCGCACAAAAAGCCAAUAAGAGCCAAAAAUAAGGGCUGCGCCUGCUGCCCUUUUGUGAAUAAAACGUGCAUGCAGCGCGGGAGAGCGAGCUGUUAAAUAAUUUUUAAAGUGUUUGUGUUUUUAACGUGUACAACCCACAAAAAUUCUAUGCCUUUUGCAUAACAAAAACAAACGUAGCAAAAAUAAAAUAAAAAAUAAGUGAGGAAAUAGCCAUACACACACACACACACAGAUACAAAUACAAAACAGUGAAAGAAAGAGACAGAGAGACGGACGCCUACGUCAAUAAGCGAAAAACGGAAGGAUGCUGCUGAUGUCACCGCCGUUGCAGUAGCAACACUAGCCAGCUGAAGGUUACAAAAAGGAUACAACAACAACAGCCGACCCACUCUCCUCCACCCCGCAAACAAGCCACACACAUGUUGCUGCCAAAACAAAGAUGCUCAGCGCUGCCAAUGCAACUGCAACAGCAACACAUGGAGCAGCAGCAGCCGCGAUUGCCGCAGCCGAGACUUAUGUCAUAACAAACAAACAACAACAGCAGCAACAUCAGCAGCAGCAGCAGCAGCAACAAGUCUUUGUUGUUGCCGCCAACAAAAUGGUGAUACCAGCAACGGGAGCAACAAUCGCCGGUAUACCAACAGCAACAACAACAGCAGCCGCUGAAUCAACAGCAACGCAGCAGCAGCAGCAACAUCUGCAACACCAGCAACAUGUGCUGUUCCAGCCGCACCUACAGACAACAACAACAGCAACAGCAGCAACCAGCACACCUCAGCAACAGCAGCAACAGCAACCACCUCAGCCGCGGCAGCAUCCCAAGAAGCGAAAGUUCGAUCCAGCCGAGCUGGACAAGACCGAGCAGCAUACCCAGCAGCAGCAGCAGCAGCAACUGAGUCUGCAGAAGCAGCAGAAACCCGCCGAUACCAAUGGCAACAGCGAUGCUUUGGCCAACGGCAAUCAGCUACAUCGCAUGAUCGUGAGUUGCGGUGCAGGCGCCGGCAACAACAGUAGCAACAGCAGCAGCAACAGCAGUAGCAGCGAUAUCAAGCAGCAGCAGCAGCAACGCAAUAUCAUUGCAUCCCCGCUGCAACAUGCGAGCGGUAGUACUUACAAGCAACAUGUUGCCAGCGGCAACAAUAGUCACGCAGCCACAAUCAAUCAUCAACAACGCACACAUACGCCCACAACCGCCGUCUACUACCAACAGCAGCAGCAGCAGCAACAGCAACAACAACGUUUUAGCUUUAACUCAAACAAUCAGCAACAUGUACAGGAACAACACCAGCAGCAGCAGCAACAACAACAGCAGCAAUCCCUGCUCGAUCUCAGCGAGUGGAACAACACGCGUGUCCUAGCCAAAAUCCACAAUCACUAUGCUCCAGGGAUUAUACGCCAAGUGCAGGAGGCGUCUCCCGACUCAAUACUCGUGGAAUUCGAUUCCACCGAUUUGGGAUUGCUGCUAUAUCCGGACGUGUUGCACCAGGGCCGCAAUCAUGUGAUACUCGAUGCCAGCCCGCCCAUGGCGGAUAUUACCCUAGAUGCCCGCGUCUGUGUGCGCCAGCGGGUCGAAGGUCGUGGCUCCGGCAGCUUCGUCUACGUGGAGGGCAUCAUCACCGACAUCAACCAGGCCACGAAGCAAUAUAGUGUGCAACUGAUCGGCGAUGAGAUGUCCACCACCAAGGUAGUGCGUCGUGCCGAUCUGCGGCUCCUGCAGCCGCCGUGGUGGGAUGAGCUCAACGAACUGACGCCCUCGGGUGGAGCAAGUGCCUCCGCAUCCAGUGGCAAGCGGAAGGUGUCGGCAGGAGGAGCAGGAGCAGGCGAAGCGAUGGCUGUGCCCAGUGGCAAUAUCGUUUACCCCAAGGCGGCCACCGGCGCGCCAUUGACCUUCGUGGCAACCCGCUACGACGGCAAGCUGCCUACGGCACCACCCACUCCCACCCACCAGCAGCCGCAGCAGCACCUGGUGAAACAAGAAGAGUAUUAUCGGACGACGGCCACGUCGCCCUUCCAGACGCGACCCCAAUUCGCCGGCCCUUCCCACGGAGCGGAGCAAGUGGGCCAGGCGGCACAGUCGCACCCCCAGCAGACCAACGGCCUGCCGGACAUCGUGAUCUCCCCGGGCAGCAAUGGGCAGCACCUCAAGAUGCAGCAGCAACAGCAGCAGCAGUCGUCGCGGAGCUACGACGACUAUGACUCGGACGACGAACUCAAGAGGGUCGGCAUAGGGUACUCACCGGCGGCCGGCGACCUGGACACGGAGAAGAUGAGCGCCUGCAGCAAGCGGAGCAGCAUGCAGAGCCGCGGCAGCACGUCCAGUCUCCUCGACCAGAGGCUCACACCACGAUCUCAUCCAGCAACACCAAGUGCCAUCCACAGAUCUCAGGCCACCACGCCGCACCGCUUCAAGAAGGGAGACAUCGUGGAGUCGGAGUCCGGCGUGCGCAAGAAGUACAACGGGAAGCAGUGGCGUCGCCUGUGCAUGCUCUGCGCCAAGGAAUCUCAGCGGCGCGGCUUCUGCUCGCGGCACCUCAACCAGAAGGGCAACAACAGCGCCCUGCCCUCGUCCACGGGUCCAGGUCGCCUGCUCAGUGACAGCCGAUCGAGCAGCAAGACGCAGAUCGAUGAGGACACCUCUCGCGACUCGGAGACGUCGCCCAACUACCGGGUCAAAGGUCGCUACGAUCAGGAGGAGACCGACGCGGCCGUCAUGCUGGUAUCGCUGAGCAGCUCUCGAUCUGCCACGCCCUCGUACACCUCACCUGUGAACCACGCCGGAGCCUCUCCUCUAAAUGCCAUUGCCCAUUCGCCGGUUAAUGUGUCCGCCAGUCACAGGCAGAACUUUUUCACGCCCAUCGCCAACCAGUCGCAGCAGCAGCAGCAGCAACAACAACAGCAACAGCAGCAACCUGUGGCCGUACCGCUCGACUCCAAGUGGAAAACAACACCCAGUCCGGUGCUCUACAAUGCCAACAACAACAGCAGCAGCAACAAUAACAACAACAACAAUGGCUGGGAAGCUAGCAGCAGCAGCAACAAUACUCAUGUUGCUGCUACGGCAGCAACAUCAACGGUUGGCACUCAACCACUGCCGCCGCAAACGACACCCGUUUCGCUGGUGAUGCAUGCCCCACCGCCGCAGCACCACCAACUGCAGCAGCAACAGAACCACCACCACCAACCGCCUCCGCCGCCACCUGCCAGUUUGCCAGCACCAUCGGCACCACCCACCAGCAGCAGCAACAACAACAGCGUGGGUCAUGCCACCAGCGUUAUACGCAUUUCCAGCAGCCAGCAACAGCAGCAGCAACAUCAACAGCAGCAGCAGCAACAACAGCACCAGCAACAUCCGCAUGUGGUGGUGUCCGGCGGCCAGACCUUUCAUCCCGUGAUCGUGGACGCCACUCAGCUGACAGUGCCCCUGCCGCCCACUACGGUUUCAUUUCAUCAGCCCAACACGCCCACCUCAACGGCAGCCACAGUGGCGUCCUUGGGUCAGGAGAAGAUGCUGCCAAAAAACGGCUACAACGCGCAGUGGUUCAAGCUGCUGCCGCAUAUGACGCCCAUGAGCAAGGCGCCGCCAGCUCCGGCUACUCCGACCUUGACAACCUCGGCCAACAGUUACAACGUGGUAAUGAUGCAACAGCAACAGCAGCAGCAACUUCAGCAGCACCAACAGCAGCAGCUACAACUGCAGCAGCAGCAGCAACAGUCGCCGCCGCAGAUGUCGCUGAACCACAACAACAACCAUCUGAUUGUGCCCGCUCCACUCUGCUCGCCGGGCAAGCCGCUUAACUGCUCCAUGAACGAUGCCAAGGCAGCGGCAGCAGCAGCGGCCGCAGUGGCCAGUCUGAGGCAGCAGCAGCAGGAGGAGCCGGACGAUCAGCUGGACGAUGAUGUUUUCGAGGCCACCACGCCCGGGAUAGGCAGCAAUGGCAAGAAACAGGCCAUGCGCCUGCCCACCCACAACAGCAACAUACGCAAGCUGGAGGAGUGCCAUGAUGCGAGCGAUGGAGUGGCCGGUGCACCAACCACAUCGGCUGCCAAGCGGAGGAGUCAAUCCCUGAGCGCCCUGCAGCAACAACAGCAGCAGCAGCAACAGCAGGCGGGGGCAGCAGGAGCAGCGGCUGGGCAGCCGCCGAACAAGAAGAUCCGGCGACCCAUGAACGCCUUCAUGAUCUUUUCGAAGAAACACCGGAAGAUGGUGCACAAGAAGCAUCCGAAUCAGGACAAUCGUACGGUUAGCAAGAUCCUGGGCGAGUGGUGGUACGCCCUGAAGCCAGAGCAGAAGGCGCAGUACCAUGAACUGGCCAGCUCCGUGAAGGAUGCGCACUUCAAGCUGCAUCCGGACUGGAAGUGGUGCUCUAAGAAUCGCCGCAACUCGUCCACUUCGACGGCUACGUCGGGUGGAAAGGCAGGCGGAGCAGCCGGAACGGGUGACGCCAAGCAACGCCUGGUCUCGGUGGAUGGUUCCGAUUCCCUGGAACACGACAUGUGCCCCUCAACGCCAGGUGGCAGCGGCAGCUGUGGUGGUCAGGGCAUAUCCUCUGAUCUGCAGGGCGACAUCAUACCGCUGACGAUCGACAACUAUAAUAGCACCUGCGACGAGGCACCAACUACGAUCUCGAUGAAGGCCAGCGGCAACGGCAAGCUGAUGAAGAACGAGCUGCCCUCCGACGAGGACGAGCAGAUGCUGGUGGUGGAGGAGGAGCAGCCGCAACAGCCCGCCAAGAAACUCGAUCUACACUGCCGCGAGCGGGUGAAUGAUUCGGACAUGGACGACGCACCCUUUGACUACCGCAAGCAGCAGCCAGAGGCGAGUCAGCGUUCGGCGGAGGAGCACAGUACGUCCGGUGCCAAUGGCCAGGCCAUGAACGCACCGCCGCUCAGCGGAGGAGAGCGCGAGAUCACACUCAAACCGAAGGCCAUCAAGGCCCAUCCGGUUCUGGAGAGCAACAUGCUGCCAUACACCCAGAUGUCCAUCUACACGCAGUACACUAGUCCCAAGAAUCCAAUCGGUGUAACACCAUUCCAACCCACAGGCGGCGCCUUCAAGUCGAUGCCCAUUAGCCCCAAGGGCAGCGGUGGCAAGCCGGAGGACGCUGCCUCCCUGCAGCCACAUAUCAAGCAGGAGGACAUCAAGCAGGAGCCGCCAUCGCCGUACAAGCUGAACGGAGGCUCGGGAUCAGCCGCCGGAGGGGGCGUGGUCAGUGCUCCGCCGCCCAGCAGCGGCAGCGUCGGUGCCAUCUUCAACUUCAAUGUGCCAACGGCGACGGCUUUGAGUCAGAAGCAGUUCCACUACCCCAUGCACCAUCCCCAUCGCAGUCCCACGGACCUAAGGGCUGCCCACCAGGCGUGUGUGCCAUCGUCGCCGGCGGGUAUGGGAUUGGGCCAUGCGGCCAGCAUUGCCACGCCCCCAGCAUCGGCGCCCGCCCAGAUCAUGGGAGGCGGACCAGCGCAGGGCCCGAAGAUGUUCUUCGCCAUGAGCAAUCCGUACCCUUUGCUGCAACGCCACCAACCUGGCACUCCCAGUCUGGAGCACUUGCAACUGGACGGUUUUCCGCCAGGAAGCUACAUUUUCAAGAAUCACAACGGCCUAUCUUCAUUGCCUCCGCCAGUGAGUGCCCAGCCCACGAUGCUGCUGCAUGGAUAUACGCCAAGCCACAGUGCCGAGCCGCCUGCUAGUUCCCCCUCGUACAAAUCGAUGCCCUCCACACCCAAGUCGGCCACAUAUCUCAUGAGUGCGCCACCAGAACGAGGCAUGGAGGGAGGAAUGGGUGGUUGUUCAUCAGCAGCAGCGAGUGGCGGCGAUGAGAGCGACAUGGACGCCGAUGGUCAGCAGUUUAUCCUGGCUCCCACGCCUGCCCAAUUGGGACGAGCGCCUUUACAGCGGCGCAAGAAUCUAUCCCAAACCAAGUCGGAGAACAAUGUGUCCUUUGGAGCUAAUCUGGGCACCAGCAAUGGGCAGCACAUUAGCCGAAAGCUGCACUCGCCCACAAUGAUGGAGGGCUCGUCGCCGAUCAUAGGCCAUGUGAACAGCAGCAGCCUCAGCUCAGCCCUGCCCACGCCCACGUCCUCGACAACAACGCCAAACAGCGAUGAGCAACUGCCUCUGACGCCGACCACCAGUAGCAGCAAUAGCAACCUCAAUCAGCAGCCCAAGUCGCCGAUGAAGGCGGCUCCAGGAUCAGCGGCAGCGGCCCUCAAAAAGAAGAACGAUGAGAUGAACAACAGUGUGCUCAAGCAGGUGGACUUUGAGAAGAAGUACAAGGCCCUGCCGCAAUUCCAGCCUGAGGAUUGCCAGUCGCCCAGUGCCAUUGCUGUGCCCUCUUCGCCGCGCGUCUAUGGCACGAACUACCGCAAGAAGAACACGGCUCCGCCACCAGUUCAGAAACUAAUGUGCGAUGACGAUUCCAUUGAUGAACCCGCUUCGGCGCCGCCCACGACCACCCAGCGUUUUUUUGGUCCAGACUUUACCAACGAGUUAAAGGACGAACGCCUUGCAGAACUGGAGUGCUCUGACCAAACGGGCCGCUCGCCCAGGACGCCAAAGACACCGCUGCAAAGCGCUCGGUCGGAUGCCAGCGAAAAGGGGCACCGCAAGGUGUUGGAGACGCGUCGCCACCUGGUCAUGCAGCUGUUUGCCGAGCACGGUAACUUCCCCACUGCCCAGGCCACCAUAGCCUUUCAGACAAAGCACAUCGAUGUCUUUCCGCGCAAGCAAGAUCUGCAGCUGAAGAUACGAGAGGUGCGCCAGAAGCUGCUGGGCCAGGCAUCCUGCACUCCGCACUCGGCGGGUCCCAACACGCCGUCCGACUCCAACUCGUCGUCGACCACAUUGAGUGCCAGUAGCACCGGCUUGAAUGUGCAGGCCACCAGUGCGGCAGAUGUUUUUCAAUAUUAUUGAACGUCAGGUGGUCACCAACAACAGCACUCUGAGCAGCAGCCUCAACCCGCCGCCAAAGCCACUGAAUCUGAUGCCAAGUACAAGUAAAGUGGAGUGGACAAGUAUGAGGAGGAGGACAUGGAUUUUGCCGGGAACAGGACAACCAAACACAACGGAUUGUUUGCUGCAAGUGACAACAUUACUUAAGGAUAGUAAACGAAUCGACAGCAACAACAAUUGCAGCAGCGCACACUCACAAAAGGAAAAAGGAGAUACAAAAACAGCUCACACUUAGCUACAGUUCAUGCAUGAGAUGCAUGGUUAACUAGUUUUUAUUAAUAACUGCUAAUAGCGAGAGAAGUUACACAGAGAAAAUAGAAAAAAUUACAAAUUUUUAAUUACAAUAGGCAUACAAAAUAUGUACAAGCAAAGUAAUUUGUGAGUAGAGAGGAGAAACUGAUUACGAAUGAAUUUAUUAAGCAGCUUAAUAAAUCAGGAGCAACCAACACAGAGAAAAGGUAGAAAUUUUGAUGAAAAUUUGAACUUUUGAAGCACAUAUGAAGUACAUACAUAGAAAACAUAAAAAAAAUACAUAAUGGAAACAUUGUAUAACCCCCGCGUAAAGGCUUAGGUUUUAAUUUACAGGAGAAACUGCAACUAACAAAUUGGAAGAGCUAAGAAAAAACUACGGAAAUAGAGUUAAGCUUUAACUUAAAUUGCACAUUAAUUUUGAAGUGUAUUAAGCACAAGCAAAGAAUUGUAUAAAUCGAACAGUAAGAAACUUGAAAUGAACACUGUAGUUGUAUUGUAUAUUUAGUCAUAAAAUUUUUAACGAGAACAAACCCCCAAAAACACCCACAUUAACACCCACUCGCACACAUCUAAAAUGCUUUUAAACUGUUUGCUUUUGUUCUCAAAGUUUAUGCGAAAACAAACCUUUUUAAAUUGUAUGUACAUUUCCUUGAAUUGGCUUUUUACACUGUUGUCUAAUUGAAUUAUAAUUUAUAUAUAUAUAUAUUUUUAUUAUUAUUUUAGUAUAGCCUGUUUUUAAAUUGUACACACACCGAAAAAUAAACUUCAAAAAGAAAAUUAUCGAAAAUUUAUUACAGAAGAAUGAAAGUAAACAAAAAGAGAGAGAAUGAGAGAACUAACUGUCUUCCACUGUUGCUGCAAUAUACUAUUUAAUAUUGUUUACCAUUUCGGUUGAAAUAAAUUUAGUUUUAAAUUAACGUUUUAAGUAUGUGACUGCAUUUUAUUCAUAUGCAAAAUUAUGUUCUUUGUGAAUUGUUGAAUAUUUAAUGUUGUCGCUGAUUUAUGUGUUUAAUUAUGUGGCUUUCUAAUUUUAAGUAUUUUGUCAAAUUUUUCUUCCGCCAAAUUCAGUCACAUUUUUUACGUAUCUUUUAUGUCUUUUCCCCGAAGGAGCAACAGUUGCAAACAA